AUGCGACCGCAUCUCUUCCUUCUCUUUGCCACGCUCAUGGCUCACUUCUCUGCUCGAGCGCAUCCGAUUGUACAUACGCAAGAAGGCGAAAGAAUCAGAGACGAGCCCCAGACACAUCUCGUGCCACGCCAGCUCGAAGCCGUCCGAGAUGUCGGACGCGGCGGCUACAAAGCAGUCGGUUUCUUUGAAGACAAGCGUGUCAUAGCAGGUGCUGUGGGUGCCGCUCUGCUGGGACUCGUCGGGAUCAGUGUUGUUGGCAUGCGAGCGACGGAGCACCACGCGUGCGAGAAGGUGGCCGAGCAGGAGCGUGUCAUGCAGCAGUCGUGGGAUGCCAUGCACCCUGAUGGCUUUGUUGGCGCUGGCGACCAGAUGCGACCUGCAUCGUUCGACUGCAAGGUCCAAGAGAGACCGUUGAAACCGCUCAUCAGUUAUGGCACCCCUGCUCAGUGGUAUUAA